AUGUCCAAAAAACAACUGCCCAUUUUCCAAAAGGUCUCAAAGCUCCUUAGGAUCUUCAUCUUCAUUGCCAAAGUGAGAAAACUGUCAUUUGAAAACUCAUUUCUCAGGAGGAAAUUACAAACCUCAAAGAAGUUGAAGCUUCUGAAGCAUUACAACAAAGGGUUCCGUGGAGAAUACCAGUUUUCUCCUUCUAACACUCCUCUCAUUCAUUACCACAGAAAGCAGCUCAUGAAGAGCAGAAGCCCUCAAGACAUAUACUCUCUGUUCUUCUUUCUUUGCAAAUGUUGGGGUUCUAGCUUGAGAGUUGAAGGAGAAGAUAUAUGUGGAGAUUUCACUAUGGAGACUCUUCCUCCUGCCACUGGAGAAGAUGACAAUGCAGUGGCUUUAUUGGAGCCGUUGGAUUGGGGAGAUGAAGAAGCUUCAAUUGACCUGCGGGCUCAGAUGUUCAUUGACAGGUUUUAUGAAGAAAUGAGAAUGCAGAGGCAGGAAUCAUUCUAA